CUCACUCAGGCCUAUGCCAAAGAUGUAAAAUUUGGUGCAGAUGCCCGAGCCUUAAUGCUUUAAGGUGUAGACCUUUUAGCUAAUGCUGUAGCCGUUACAAUGGGGCCAAAGGGAAGAACAGCAAUUAUUGAACAGAGUUGGGGAAGUCCCAAAGUGACAAAGGAUGGUGUGACCAUAGCAAAGUCAAAUGACUUAAAAGAUAAAUACAAAAAUAUUGGCACUAAACUUGUUCAAGAUGUCACCAAUAACACAAAUGAAGAGGUUGGGGACAGCACCACUACUGCUACUGUCUUGGCAUGCUCUAUUGCCAAGGAAGGCUUCGAGAAGAUUAGCAAAGGUGCUAAUCCUGUGGAAAUCAGAAGAGGUGUGAUGUUAGCUGUUGAUGCCAUAAUUGCUGAAUUUAAGAAGCAGUCUGAACCCAUGACAACCCCUGAAGAAAUUGCUCAGGUUGCUACCAUUUCUGCAAAUGGAGACAAAGAAAUUGGCAACAUUGUUUCUGAUGCAAUGAAAAAGGUUGGAAGAAAGGGUGUCAUCACAGUAAAGGAUGGAAAAACACUAAAUGAUGAAUUAGAAAUUAUUGAAGGCAUGAAGUUUGAUCGAGGUUACAUUUCUCCAUACUUUAUUAAUACCUCAAAAGGUCAGAAAUGUGAAUUCCAGGAUGCCUAUGUUCUAUUGAGUGAAAAGAAAACUUCUAGUGUCCAGUCCAUUGUACCUGCUCUUGAAAUUGCCAAUGCUCACCAUAAGCCCUUGGUCAUAAUUGCUGAAGAUGUUGAUGGAGAAGCUCUGAAUACACUCGUUUUGAAUAGGCUAAAAUUUGGUCUUUAGGUUGUGGCAGUCAAAGCUCCAGGUUUUGGUGACAAUAGAAAGAACCAGCUUAAAGACAUGGCUAUUGCAGUUUUUGGGGAAGAAGGAUUGACUCUAAAUCUUGAAGAUGUUCAGCCUCACGACUUAGGAAAAGUUGGAGAGGUCAUUGUGACCAAAGAUGAUGCCAUGCUUUUAAAAGGAAAAGGUGACAAGGCUCAAAUUGAAAAAUGUAUUCAAGAAAUCAUUGAGCAGUUAGAUAUUACAACUAGUGAAUAUGAAAAGGAAAAGCUGAAUGAACAUUUGGCAAAACUCUCAGAUGGCGUAGCUGUGUUGAAGGUUGGUGGGACAAGUGAUGUUGAAGUGAAUGAAAAGAAAAAGU